AGUGAAAAGAAUAGCUCAGAAAGUGAUCUUGAGGAUAGAGAAGAAAUCGAUUCUGAGCGUCAGGAUGAUGAUAAAGCUAACUCAGCAACUACCAACAUUGAAUUUACAGAUACAUUAGAAAUCGCAGUUCCAAUGAGCAUAGAUCUAUACGAAUUGGUUGAGGAAUCUGACUUCAAUGAAGAAGAAGCUGAAGAACCUUCAUUUCCUGGUGAAGUCUUUGACGAAGAGGAUUUUUACACUCUUAGAAAUAGCUGUCAAGGAAUUUGA